AUGAGAGAAGACAGUCGGACUUCUGAUGUUUCCCAUAUUGGUGUAGAUUCACGACCUGGUGCUGUGCCCGGCUCAAGGCGUCUUCAUUUACCCGCUACUGGACGUCUUGCGUCAUAUCGAGCUAGCGUUCCGGCUUCUACGCAUACUAAUGCCCACGCGGGUAUUUCAAAACAGGUCAAUGCUCCAGUUUCAGGUGUCGAAUCGACUGGAGUUUCAUCACCUUCCACGUUUGACGGUUCCAUAGAGAGGUGUGUGGGUCCAACAAUGCUUCAGCAGUCGAUUGAGAGAUUGCCUAAGGAAUCGGUGUUAUCUUUGGUCUCAGCAGCUGUUCAAACAUCGAUGGAGGCUUCAGAAGUUGAAUCCCCUGGGCAGAUUGAACAAUCAGAUUCACGUUUUGCGGAAGUCGAAGCCGAAGUGCUUAGGUUGAAGAAGGAGAGAGAAAAAGCUGCUCAGCAAGUUGAAUCUCUCACAGCAAGAUUGAGGGAGUUGGAAGCGGUCUGCGAACGGUUAAUGGAAGAGAAUAAUGCCUUGAAAGCCGCAUUUUCCGCUGGAAUGGUAAAAACCCAUGAAGCUGCUACCCGUUCGUCGCCAGGCAAUAGGCAACUAACUCCACCAGUUGACCUCAAAAAAGGCGCCACAUCUUCAGCCAUUACUGCCACCGAAGGUGAAGGAGAAAGAGCUGCAGAGGAGUUUAAUGUCGACGUCACCUCCGAGGUCUCAGAAGACAAUUCCGAUCUGUCUGAGGACGAGGAAGAUGGUGAAGGCUACACAAAUGGCAACCUUCACGGUCAACCCAAAUCACAAUCUGCCAUCAAAGGGAGCAAACGAACGAAUGGCUCCUCCAGUAACUAUGCCGUCGGGAGUCAGUGCCUUGACUCUGGAAUGCUUCUUCGACAAGGAAUCUCACUUUGGGGUAGGUCGACAUCACCUGCUGAUGCGACAACCGUCGAAGUGACAGCCACAACGUCGGCAAACUCAGGACAACCUGUCACUGCUCCACAACCUCAAUCCUCUACGGUGAAGCAAGUUGGGCCUGGAGCAGUGAGAUCGUAUGUGAAUUUACAGAAUGCGAAACCAUCGUCGGCACGGACUCCAAUCGGGAAAACUCAACCAUCCUCCUCAUCUCCUGGCGGUGGUCUACGUGAAGUCGAAGUGCCGGACGACUACACCGCGCCAAAUGGGACAGGAACUCCAAGCCCUGCGCCCCCAGUUGUUUUCUCAGCACAAACAGAUCGAAACAGUGGUGGUGCAGGCGUGCUGCGUACUUCUCCCGCUACCUCGACGGCAUCAGCAGUAGCUCCCCAACAACUUGGUGCAAAGCGGGUCUCUUCUGGCGGGGGACCUGAUUCCUCCUCCGCUCAGGUGGAUUAUUCUGUCCCUCCUCAUCCUUCACCAUCCACCAGUGUUUUGAAGAAAACUUCUCCAGUUCAUCCGGUAUCAUCUUCUGGAGGUGGAUCUGUGGUUUGGAAGCAUCCACCGUAUGAGAGAAUUGUUCGCGGAGUGGAGUGCAUUAUUGUUAGGAUUCGAGCGCUUCUGGAUGCUGCUAAUUCAAGGCGCCUUCAUGAGCAGGUUCGUUCAUCUCAACUCAUUCAAGCGGCAAUACAAGACCUAGUGGUCCUCUUCCCUCCAAUCAGCAAAUGUCAUCCCACAGUGGGAUCAGCGCUCACCUCUCUCAUGUCUAACUCCCAGAAACUGCGCCUUCACUGUGAAGCGAACGCCGAGCAAAGCGCUUCCUCCGUGAGCCCGAGGAGCGGUAAUAACAGCAGUAACCAAUUGAUUACAUUCGCUCAUGAAAUUGCCAGCGCUGCUAAGACUAUUCUCAAUUUCUUCCAAGCUGAACGACACUAA